AUGAAGCAACAUUGUCGUUCAAGUUUAUGUAUACUUCUUCUAUAUCUGUGUGUAUAUACACACAAUGUAUAUGCAACAAAUGAUGUUAAAAAUUUUGUUGUUACAAAUGAGAAAAAGCAUAAUUUAAGAAUUAAUACUGGAAAAAACAAAAUUCCUUUAAUAAAUAAAGAUAAUGAGGAACCUGUCCAAAGUGACACACUUGAAAAUAAUCUUAAUGUUGUAGAAACCUCAAUGCCCUUAACGAAUAAUGUUACAAGAGAGGGAGAUCAAUGUGAUGAGUUUAUGGAUGAUGAAAUGGUUCUACAGACUGCUGUACAUAUAGAACCAAAAUUAAUGAAUGAGAAUAAUCAAAAUAGUUCCAAUUCACUAUUAGAACUAGAACCACAAAUAAAUGUCACGAAUCUCCCCCAAUCGAGGGUAGACAAUUUGGCCAGUUCUAACAAAGACUUAAACGAAAGAGAAACCACAUCUAACAGUGAUAUAUUUAUCGAAGGAGCAGAAAAGGAAACUGAAGAAGCUCCUACACUAUCAACAGAACAAAAAUUAAUAUUGGGUGAAAAAAAAAAGGCAGAUGCAAAGGAACAAAUACUAGCAGCAAAACAAAAGGAAGAAAAAGCAACACAAUUAGGCACAGAGGUAGAUAAACUAAAAUUAGAUGCUCAAGAAAAAGAUGCAAAUGCAAAAAAAAUAGAAGUGGAAGCAAAGGAAAAGGAAAAAAUAGCAGAACAGCAAAAAGAAAAAGCAAGAAAAGAAGAAGAAGAGGCUGUACAACUUGAGCAACAACUCGCUGAAAAAGAAGCAGAAGCAAAUAAACAUGCCAUAAUAGUAACAGAAAAAGAAAAACAACAAUUAAAAAAUAAAUUAAUCCAAAAUAAAGAAGAUAUAAAACGACUUAAUAACGAAGAAGAGGAAAAAAAGAGAAAACUUGAAGAGCUAAAUAAGGAUUUAAAAGAAAAAGAAGCAACCUGUAAGCAACUUGAAAGUCAAAUAGAACAAAAACAAGCUGAAUUAAAGAAAAAAGAAGAAGAUUUAUCCCAAAAAAAUGCUAAACUAGAGGAAUUAAAAAGGGAAGAGGAAAAAAAAAAAUUGAGUAAAGCAGAAGGAUCAGAUGGGGACAUAUCUGAAAAGGUAACGCAGGAAAAUCCAGCCGGUGUUGAUGCAAGUAGUAGGGAAAGUCAAUCAAGUCACAGUGAUGAAACGAUAGUGACCGUGGGUAGUGAUGAUAAACCGGUAGAGGAUGUAGAAAAUGCUUCGAAUGAUGCACAACAAGAAUUAGAAAAAGGGGACGAAAAAACAGACAAAAAAGAAGCAAAAGAAGAAGAAGAAGAAGAAGAAGACCAAAAAGAAGGACACGAGAAUGAUGGACACAAAAAAGACGCAGAAGAAAAAGGAGAUCAAAAAGUAGAAGAAAAAGCAAAAGAAAAAGCACAGGAAAAAGCAGACGAAAAAGAAGCAAAUGAAAAUCCAGAUGGUAGCAAAGCAGAAGAGGGAGAAGCAGAACGAGAACAAGACAGAAAGGAAGAAAGUGCUUCACACCAAGAAGAUAAACUACCAGACGUCGAAACAGCUGUAUCGAAAGUCGAUGAACCCGAAGUAACAACAGAUUCAGAAGAAGCAAAAAUAAACGUGGAAGAACCCAAAGGCACAGAAGAUAGUGCUAAAGAAGUAUCAUCCACAGAUAGAAGCGAUGGAGAAGAAACAGCAAAGGAUAAAAACACAUUACAAGAAAAGCAAGCACAAGAGCAAAAUGCAUCUGAUGAAAUAAAAAAAAAAAUACAAACCGCUGAAGAGCAAGUCACAUCUGCAAAACAAGAGACAGAAAAAAUACGCUCAGAAAUUGAAGAUUUAAAAAAAAAAUUGCACGAUGCAAAGGGGUUAAUGGAUGAAGCCAAACAGAAAUUAGAUGCUGAAGCUAAAGCACUUGCCGAAUUAGGGGAAAAGAAAGAAAAGGCAAUCAAGGAUCUGGAUAUACUGAAAGAAAAACUAGGGGUAACGGAAGAAGAAACCAGCGGAAAAGGCACUGGAGAAAAUAAGACAAUAACCGAAGUAGAUGAAGUAAAACAACUAGAAGAUGAAAAGCAAAAGCAAGUUCAAUUACAGGAAGAAGUAAAAAAUAUACGAAUAAAAUCAGAGGAAGCACGAAAAGUAGCACAAGCUGAAAAGGAAAAAGAAUUAGAUGCACAACAAAAAGCACGAGAAGAAAAAGAUAAAGCGACGAGAGCAAAACAGGAAGCAGACGAAGCAAGAAAAAAAGCAGAAGAAGCAGAAAAAACAGCAGAUGAAGCAUUAAAGACAGCUAAAGUAGAACUGCAAUUAGGCGAAGAAGCCUUACAAAAAGCAGAAGAAGAAUUAAGAAAAAUACACGAUGAAAUGGAAAAAGAAAGACAGGAACAGAUGAAAAAGGAACUUGAAAAGAAAUCAGAGGAUACAGAAAAAGCAAACUCCCCAGGAUUGGUAGAUAUAUCUACCGAGAAAUCAGCGCACAUAUUAGAAGAUGAAGAAGAAAUGAGUGAAGAAACGGAAGAAUAUGACUUGGAAAGGGAAGAAAGCCUGGAGGAAGGAAGUAAUAUGGAUUUUCAUGGAGACCCAAAUGAAGAAUUUAAUGAAGAGGGAGAUGUAACAUAUGAUAUAGAGGAUGAUAGUGACGAUGAAAAAGAUGAAAAAGGAGACAAAGAGGAAAUUGAAGAAAAUGGAAAAGAUGGAGAAGAUAAAAAUGCCACAAAUAAAGAAGGUGGUGAUGAAGCGAAGACAGAACAGAGCAUUGGAAAAGAUAACACAUCUACAAAUGACGAGAUAGCUCACAAAUCAUUAAUAGAUGAUUACAGUGAUGCACAUAACACUAAAAGGAUGUCUGAUGUUUUUAUGAAAACCAUGUUUAAUUUAUUUAAUAAUGAUAUGGACGUUUCGCAUACUCUUAAUGAUUUGGCCGGGGUUAUGUAUCAGUUUGCAAUAAAUAAUGUGUAA